UUUGACUGUUUUGGUGGAGAUCUUACAUUUGUUUAUCUUGCGUAAGCCACUCCCUGUUAUUUCCAUUCUCAGAAUACACCCUGGUAUUGAACAGUUCACGGGAGAGAAAGCACUAAAAUGGCAGGCUCCUCAUCUGAUGUUCAAAAUCCAUUUAACUGUUCAAUCUGCUUGGAACUGUUUAAGGAUCCGGUGACUACAUCUUGUGGGCACAGUUUUUGUAUGAACUGUAUUAAGUCGUGCUGGGAUAAGGAAUCUUUAAGAGGUGUUUACAGCUGCCCAACAUGCAGGAAUGGAUUCCGGCAAAGGCCAACUCUCAGCAAAAACACUGUUCUCGCUGGCAUUGUAGAAGAAAGGAAGCAGGAUGCCCCAGCUGCACCUGGAGAUGUGCAGUGUGACGUCUGUAUAGGAAGAAAAAUCAAAGCCGUCAAGUCUUGUCUGGUGUGUUUGGCGUCAUUCUGUCAAACUCACCUUCAGCCUCAUUAUCAAUCUCAAGCUUUUAAAAAGCACAAGCUGGUGAACGCUUCAGCAAAUCUACAGCAGCAGAUCUGCCCUCAACAUCAUAAAGCUCUGGAGAUUUACUGCUAUAAUGACAAGAAGUGUAUAUGUGUGCUUUGUUUGGGUGAUCAGCACAGUGGACAUAAGACUGUCUCAGCCAUAACUGAAAUGGCAAAAGAAAAGGAGAAAUUGAAAAUUAAAAAAACGGAAUUCAUUAAGAAAAUCACAGACAUAAACAAGAAUCUUCAAGCAUUUAAAAAACCUAUGGAUUUACAUAAGAGCUCUGCACAGACGUCAGUGGAGCACAGCAACAAGAUCUUCACUGAACUCAUCCAAUCCCUUACAAAAAAACAAACUGAAGUGAGAGAAAAGAUCAGAGCUCAGGAGAAACAGGAGACUCAAAAAGCUACGAAUUACAUACAGAAACAGAAACAGGAGAUCAGCAAUCUUCGGAACCAGAGUGUUAAACUGGAGCAGGUUUUACAUACAGAAGAUCACAUUUAUUUCUUCCAGAAUUUCUCUUCCCUUUCUCCAAGACUGUAUGUCUUACCCAAAGAUGUUAAUGAUCUUGUAACAUUUGAGAAAAUAGAUGAAUCUGUCUCAAAGCUGAAAAGAAAACUGGAUGAAGUCUGUGAGAAGCACAUGGGCAAAAUAUCAAACAAAGUGGCUGAUGUCCACAUUAUCAGGCCCUUUGUGAUUGGGUUGCCCUCUGAUUCAUCUGAAUCAUCUGAAGCCUCUGAAGCCUCUGAAUCCUCUGAAUCAUUUGAACCCCCUUCACCUUGUGAAGCUUCUUCAUCCCCUGGUUGUCUGUCAGAUUGAAGUGUGCCCGGAGAUUUCAGGGAUUUCAC